CCCCUUGUCCUCAUUUUGGUCGGUAGUACAAGAGAGAGUGAGAGACUACCCAAGUUUUCCGGUUUCCUUUCUGAUAUUCAAUUAAAUGGCCACUACGGCGAAACUGAGCUUGCUCACUCCGCUCCAUUUUCAUUUCAGGAAAGAAUUCCCUCCUUUUGUUUCCACUUCAGUUCGUCCAAAGCGUGGCGAUUCCCUUUUUCCUCAGUUUAACACGACCACAAAGCACGUAAAAGAUGCACCCAUUGUCCCUGUAGUAAGAGCUCAAAGCUCCCCUGAGUAUAUACCGGAUGCUAAAUUCUACAAAGUGGAAGCAAUUCUCAGGCCCUGGCGGGUCACGCGAGUUUCGUCGGCUCUGCUGAAAAUUGGUAUCCGAGGUGUUACUGUUUCUGAUGUUCGAGGUUUUGGCGCUCAAGGAGGUUCAACAGAGAGGCAUGGUGGCUCAGAAUUUUCUGAAGACAAGUUUGUUGCUAAAGUUAAGAUGGAGAUUGUGGUGAGCAAAGACCAGGUUGAACCCGUGAUAGAAAAGAUCAUUGAGGAGGGAAGAACAGGAGAGAUUGGAGAUGGCAAGAUUUUCUUGGUUCCUGUUUCAGAUAUAAUAAGAGUGCGCACUGGUGAGCGAGGAGAGAAAGCUGAAAGGAUGACAGGAGGGCGAUCUGACAUGAUUUCUGCAUAACUAGUUCAAAUGCAAGAUUAGCAUCUGUGUUUCUUUUUAGAAAGCUUGUCUAACUAAGCCACAUCUUUUCUUUUUAGGUUACUGUAUACAUUUUAAUGUGAUGAAAUAAUUGCCGAUAAAAGGAAAGCUGAUUUAUUCUCAGUCAAUGCUAGAAAUCUAUUACCCUGUGUUUGGUCGGUUUGAUGGGUUGAACGAGGUUAGGUUUAAUUUCUAUCGGUCUAUGGUUAGACCUCAGAUGAAAGGGAGAGUUGGCUUAGCUGUCUCAUUGUACACCCAACACAGCAUGUUCUAUAUCAUUUAACCUAGGCAUGGAUGGAUUAUGAACCUUGCUGGUGGCUUCCAAAGUAUAGUUUCUAAAGGGACCACUACUGGAGAGGUGAAAUGUGGACUCAUUAUUCAAUUUAUCAAAACUCUUUUGCUGUAUAAUAACUGGAAAGGUGGAAAACA